UCGGAUUUUUUUUCAGGGACUGGGAUAUCAAAGGCCGUCAACAUGAACUCCGUACUAUCAUCAGUACGAUCCCUCAUGCAAAUGUUUGAUGGCAAAGAACAAGAAUUCACGAGUGACAUUGAUAAUGUCCACAUGGUUUGGCUUGAGGAAAUCCAACAAGAGGCCAACCGCAUGUUCUCAAGGGAUUUCAAUGCUGAACCAGAAUUGAUGCCAAAAACCCCAUCACAGAAAAAGAACAGUCGCAGGAAGCGUGUAUCCGUGGGGCAUCAGGAAGAAAAUCAGGCCAGACGAAGAUUUUCCAAGGGAAGGCGCAGCAACCUUCGUGGCUCCUCUGUCAAAUCACUGAACUUCAUUGCUGAAGAAGGAUCCAUUCCUGAAGCUUCCUCCUCUGACACCAACACCACUACACAGCCUAAACGCACCACCCGCAAAAACAAACAAACAAAGCCUGAGGUGGCAGAGGAAGUGAGCCAGUCACAUGGCAGCUGUAAAACUGAGGAGGUGCAGAACAAGAAGCCGGAGCUGGCAGAGGACGAGGAGAUGGACCAAAGUAACAAGGUAGACAGUGGAGAAGACAAGCCGGACCCCAAAUGUAGCACCGCCCAGUCUCCACCUGAGAUACCUGCACCUGAGGUUGUUGUCAGCAUCUCUUCGUCAGACCGCUUGUCUGCUGAGUUGGCGAAACAGCCGCAGCCGUCUCCUGGCCGUACAGCUGCAAAGAUUGCCAUAGCUGGCACAGCUCGAAGCUCGCGGCGGAGCUCCGUACGGUGCUCCCUCAAGCUGCGUCACUCGCUGGCCGGUCUGCGGCACAGUAUGACGCAGGAGUCUGUUCGCCGUGCCUCACGCCGUUCCAUGCUUAAGAGGAAGGCAGCUCGCACAGGCACCUCCACAUGUAGCAGCAACACAGAGGAGGAUUCUUGCGUGGACUCUGCAGAGGAAGAGGACAGAGAGCCCAUGUCAGAAGCUGUAAGUGGAGACUCAGAGGAGAGUGCUGCAGCUGAAGAGGGGAAGGAAACUCCAGAGAUCCAGAUUAACCAGAGCGUACACCAGUCUGUUGGACGCAUCACUCGAUCGGUGGCUGCAAACUCUGUGAAUACUCCUAACAAAAAAACUGUCGCUGAGAAGCAACAGUCAUCCCAGUCAGGGCGCAGAUCACGCCAGAGUACCAAACGCAAAGCACCAGAUACUGUAGAAGAAAGUCCCACAAAGAGGCACUCUCCUCCCAAGAAAAGCCAAAGUGCAGUGAGACCCAACAUGAGAUCUUUCCUCCACACUGUACAGAGGAAUCAGAUGCUAAUGAUGACGCCAAAUUCCCUUGGACGGACUGCUGUUAUCAAGUCCUUUAUCAAACACACCACUCCUCUGAAGACUGAUCCAAAGUUGGGCGAUGGUAUAGUGACAAAAGAGCGUCACAAACUGGAGGCGCUUAAGAAGAAGCAGGAACAAGAGGAGGAGAGAAUGAAGAAAAUGGAGGAGGAGAAGAAAAGGAAACAGGACGAACUUAAACGGAAGAGGGAUGAGAGGUUGAGACGGGUGUUUGAGGCCAAAGUUAAAGAGGAGCAGAGGGAGGAAGAAAAGAAAAAGAAGAUUGAGCAAAAAAUGGCUCAGAUUGACGAGAAAAAUGACAAGCGUCUGGCAGAGGAGAAGGCCAAGAAGAAGGUGGCCCUCAAACGUCAAGAGGAGCUGGAGCUGAAGAAGAAGCUGGAAGAAGAGGUUAAAAGGAAGAAGAUUCAGCAAGCAGAGGAAGAAAAACGGCAGCAGGAGUUACUGGCCAAGAAGAAGGCCGAGGAGGAGGAACAGCGAGCUCGUAAGCUGGCUGAAGCUCGCCGAGCACUGGAGCUGAAGAGAGAGCAGGAGCGUGAGAGGGAGCGAGAGCUGGAGAGAGAACGACUAGCUGCUGCUGAAAGAGAACGAGUAGAAAAAGAAAAAGCUCUCGCUCUGCAAAGAGAGCUGGAGAGAGCAGCGAUAGAGAAAGAGAGGAGAGAACUGGAGGAGAAGAGAAGGCUGCUUGAGGAAAAAAGAAAACUGCAGGAGCAGCAGAGAUUAGCCGCAGAGGAGAAAGCUGCUAAAGAGAGAGUAGCUGCUGCUGCUGCUGCCGCUGCUGCUAAAAAGGCUGCUGAAGCAAAGGCUGCUGCUUGUCUGAAUGUGACUGUGGACAUAGAGCGCUCUGUAAUGAGCACACCUGUAGGAAAAGGUGCUGGCCUCAAUGUGACCGUGGAUGUCGAGCAAUCACCACAGUCAUACUCCAUCACUCCAAAGGGCGGCAACAAACCUAUUAUGUCCAAAAGCGCGGAAGACUAUGGUAUGGACCAAAACAGUGAUGACUCUACUGAUGACGAGUCUGCCCCAAGGAAACCUAUUCCAUCCUGGGCAGAAGGUCACAAUCUGCAGCAGAUAAUAAUGAAGCAGUACUUCAACCCUCCUGAUUUAGACUCUUUCUUCGGAACAAUCGAGCCACCAAAACUGGAAAACAUCUUUUACAAGAGCAAGCCGCGCUACUUCAAACGCACCAGCUCAGCUGUAUGGCACUCUCCUCCAAUUGGAAACAAGUAAAGUCUGUACACUCAUACAGAUACACAUUGCUGUUUAAAGUUUAAUCUUUAUUUUAAAGUGUUUCCAAUAAAGUACAUGUUUUUUUUUCUGGAUAUUUUUAUGUGUUAAAGGGUUUUUAGUCGUCAGCGUUUUAGGAAUAUUCUUGUUAGUAUGUGAAAUAUCCUGGUGAUACAUAAGUGAAAUUGAUGCUUCACGCUUGGACUUGAAAACGGGUGUGUAUUAUAACCCAGUGGGAUGUUAGAGAGUUUUUACAAAUAAGUAAAAACUUUCAUUUGUAUUAUGUGUGUACCAACUGUAAAUUAUAGUAGAAUUCUUACGUUUUUCAUGAAUAUAUUCAGGUGCAUUAAAAUGGCUGGAAAAAAAACCCUGUGUAGGUUUCAGAUUUUGAUUAGAUUUGAUGAUAUGUAAUGCCGUAGUAAAAAUAAAUACGUAUGCAGGCUAGAAUUUCUUUGGAUUUAAAGGCCCUGUGCACUUAAAGUUUUCAGUUAUUUUAGCUGAUAGGACCUUUGCUCAGGUCACUGGACCCCAUAUACUAACAAUACUGACAAUAGUGUAAUUUGCCCCAUCAGAAUUGUGAUUCUUUACAGUUGCUCCAGUGUAAAGCAGAGAGAAUUAUAAGAAAGUGAAGAUAACAGUAUGAAAAUAAGAAGUAUGUAAAUAUAAAGUACAGCAGAUUAAAUAAAAAUGUGUACUAUGCCACAAUGUUCCACACUAGUAUGUAUUAGGAAUAUAAAUAUGUAUAAUGUGCUAUUGGCUUUAGUGUAUAGAUACACAGCAAUAUCAAUGCAAUAUAUACAAUUGAAAUAAAAAUAAGAAA